CAACACUUUCUAAACCUCUUUCUCUCUCUCUCUACUUGUUUUGAUUCAUUCAAAUCCCCUCCCUCAACACCUUAAUUUCUCAUUCUCCAUCAACACAUCUCAUCAUACAUACAUACAUGACCACUUCUUUCACUCAUCUUUUCCCACCCACUAACAAAGAAGAACAAGAAGAAGAAGAAGAAACUGCAAUCAUGAAUCAACCUCCAAACUCUAAUAAUGGUUUCAGUAGUUGGGGAAUGAAUUCUCAACUAGUAACCACUACUACCACCAAUCAUCGUCCUCAUCAUCAUAAGAGCAAUAUCGAAAUCCCCAAGUACAAGUCGUUUUCACCUGCUUCUUUGCCCUUAUCCCCUCCUCCUCUUUCUCCUUCUUCUUAUCUUUCAAUUCCUCCUACUUUAAGCCCUUCUAUUCUUCUUGAUUCUCCGGUUCUUUUUUCCUCUUCUAAUGUUCUCCCAUCUCCCACUACUGGAUCCUUUGCUGGGUUGUUGUCGGAGGAAACUAGCAAGUAUUCAGAUUUCUCCUUCCAAUCCCAAACAAGGCCUUCCCACGAAGCAGGAAUUAAUUCAAUGGAUUCAUUCACAAGGAAACAAGAAGAUGGCUCCUUUAAUUCACUCGAUAAGCAGUCUGAAUUUUCAACACUCAAAUCUGGGUCCAAACCAGAACCAGCCCCGCUACAUAGUUUUUCUCAUGAUGUUUCCACAAUUCAAACCAACUUUCAUGCUACUUCUGCUCCACAGCCUACCCAAAUGCAUUAUGCUCAACCAUUACCGUAUGCUAGGGAGCAGAGAAAAUCAGAUGAUGGUUACAAUUGGAGAAAAUACGGACAGAAACAAGUUAAGGGAAGCGAGAAUCCUCGUAGUUAUUACAAGUGCACUUUCCCAAACUGUCCUACGAAGAAGAAAGUCGAAAGGAAUUUGGAUGGACAUAUUACUGAAAUAGUGUAUAAAGGAAGUCACAAUCAUCCAAAGCCCCAAUCAACUCGACGAUCAUCUUCAAAUUCGAUUCAGAACCCCUCCACGUAUAAUAACUUGGGAAUGCCCAACCAAUCAAGCUCAUUGCUCGAAAAUGCUCAUCAGAUGGAUUCUGUGACAACCCCGGAGAACUCAUCAGCUUCUUUUGGUGAUGACGAAUUCGAACAGGGCUCCUCAUUGAGUAACUCAAGAGAUGAUGAUGAGAAUGAACCUGAAGCCAAGAGAUGGAAGGGGGAAAAUGAGAGCUGCGAAGGUAUAUCAGCUUCUGGAAGUAGAACUGUUCGGGAGCCCAGAGUCGUAGUUCAAACAACAAGUGACAUUGACAUUCUUGAUGAUGGUUACAGAUGGAGAAAAUACGGGCAGAAAGUGGUAAAGGGCAAUCCAAAUCCUAGGUACUUUGUUGUGAAGAUGUUACCUUAAUCUAUUCUUGCAUACAAAUGCACAUACAAUGGUUGUCCGGUUAGGAAGCACGUUGAACGAGCAUCACACGAUUUAAGAGCAGUGAUCACCACAUAUGAAGGGAAGCACAAUCAUGAUGUUCCUGCACCACGAGGAAGUGGCAGUUACACCACGAACAGACCUCCACCAAUGAAUGGCAAUAUCGCCCCUACAGCUGUAAGGCCCUCCGCAAUUGGCAGCCAUUCCAAUGGGAUGAAUUUCCCCAACUACGCCAGGCCUCAAACAAUGCAAAACCAAACACCAUAUACCCUUCAGAUGUUGCAGGAGAGAGAGAGUUUUGAAUUCUCAGGUCUCGGAAACUCCGCAGGGGUCUACACUAGUCAGAUGCAAGCCAAGGAAGAACCUAAAGAUGACUCAUUUUUUGACUCUUUCCUAAACUGAAAAGAUUCUUAGGGAGCAAAUCCCUUGAGCUGGCAGUUCUUAGCUAGUGUACUGUUACAGACAUACUUUAUGAUGGUAUUUUGAUUUUGUGUUUUAUAUGUAGAUUUUAGAAAAGGAAUUAGGGGUAUUUUUUCAUUUGUUCUGGGGCUGUUGAAGCUUAGAACAGCAGUCUCAUGUAAGGUUUAGUGCCAGAAGUAAGAAAAGUAGAAUAAAGAAAAUGUGUUAGGCAGCUCAGUAUUCA